UAUGGCUUCUCAGUUUAGCGGUGUGCUGCAGCUCACAGACCUCGAUGACUUUAUCACCCCCUCUCAGGGAUGUGUCAAACCUGUGAAAAUCGAGAAGAAACAAGGUAAAUCUGUGGCCAAAAUUCAAAUAGAAGAUGAUGGCAGUUACGUCCAAGUUAACCAGGAUGGUGGGAAGCAGAAGCUGGAGAAAGCAAAGAUCUCCCUGAACGACUGUUUGGCGUGCAGUGGCUGCAUCACCUCAGCGGAGAGCGUCCUCAUCACACAGCAGAGCCACGAGGAGCUCUUUAAAGUGCUGCACAACAACAAGGUCAGCGGGGCCGAGCAGAAGGUGGUGGUGGUGUCGGUGUCUCCGCAGUCCAGAGCGUCUCUGGCAGCUCACUUUGACCUCAGCAGCAGUGAGGCAGGCAGGAGGCUUACAGCUUUCUUCAAAAGCCUUGGGGUUCAUCAUGUGUUUGAAACAAGCUUUAGUCGGACCUUCAGCCUGCUGGAGAGCCAGAGAGAGUUCGUGGAACGUUUCCAGAGGAGGGAGCAGGACAGCAAGGGUCUUCCCAUGCUGACAUCAGCCUGUCCAGGCUGGAUUUGCUAUGCAGAGAAGACCCACGGGGAGUUCAUUCUUCCAUACAUUAGUACCACUCGCUCACCCCAGGCGAUGAUGGGCUCUCUGGUUAAAGGAUAUUUUGCUGAACAAGAGGGGUUAAGUCCACACCAGAUCUACCAUGUGGCAGUAAUGCCGUGCUUUGACAAGAAACUUGAGGCCUCGAGGUCAGACUUCUACCUGGAUAAAGCUGAGACUCGAGAAGUAGAUUGUGUCAUCACAUCCGGAGAAGUUCAGAAAAUGCUUGAGGAGAAAAAUGUGUCUCUUAACGACGUGGAACCUGUACCCCCAGACACGAUGUUCAGCAGUGUGAGUGGGGGUGAGUACCUGAGUCAUGCAGGCAGCGGGUCAGGGGGUUACCUCCAUCAUGUCUUCACCUAUGCUGCCAAGGAGCUGUACGGAGAGGAGGUGAAGGAGCUCACCUACAAAACCCUCAGGAAUAAAGACUUCCAGGAAGUCUCUCUAGAGAAAGAUGGGAAAGUCCUAUUGUGCUUCGCAUUCACAUACGGCUUCCGCAACAUCCAAAACCUGGUGCAGAAACUCAAGAGAGGAAAGUCGCCUUACCACUUUGUAGAAGUUAUGGCCUGCCCAUCAGGCUGUCUAAACGGCGGCGGACAGGUGAAGCCCAAACCUGGUCAGAACCCGAAGGAGCUUCUCCAGAAGGUCGACGAGCUCUAUAAGGCGGAGCAGUCCCUCUCGCCGGAAGAUGACGCCCGCGUGGCCGAGCUGUACCAGUCCUGGCUCCAGAGCAUCGGGGAGAAGAGAGCCAAAGAGCUGCUGCACACACAGUACCACGCUGUGGAGAAGAUGACAAACGGGCUCACUAUGAAGUGGUGAAAGCAGCUUUUGCACGGUCCGUGAUUAGCAAAAAAAAUUUUCAGCAAGCACUGACAACAGAACCGUCCGAAUACAUGUGACUAUUUCUGUCUCUCUUUAAAGAGAAGGGUUAUGUGAAAAGUUUAAUAUAAGCUGGUAUGCAGUGUGCCAAUAACCCUUUAAACUACCUGAUUCUUUGUGGAAAAGUUGUGUGCCUGAGAAAGUGGAAGACUGAGAGCAGAGAUAAUAGACACAAUGAUGAGCCAAAUGCUCUCAUCAUUUGCACCUACACCGCUGACUGUCCUUUCAGUUGGGAAUCAUUUGUGUGGGACCUGUUACACUUUGAAAAUGUAAGCCAACUGAACACAAAGCAAAAUAUAAUCAUUCCUUGUUUAUUUAACCUUAUGGUUAUAUAUUGAAAAAUAAAGAUUUUAUUUAAUUGUAGCCAUUUGUUUUGUAUUUUUUUUUAAAGAUGUCCAACAGAGUAGUGGUUCAGACUCUUUUAUUGAAUAACCUGACUUUGCUGUACAAUUAUACGCUCUCACAAAGUGAGGUUUUACUCACUUUGGGAUUAAAAGCAGCAAUUUACAUUCAUAAUGUUGUACACUGCAGGUUUUUUUCUAGUCUUGUACAAUUUAUGAGUGCAACAUGUCAGACUCAUGUUUCAAAAUACUGUGUGUAACGUACAGUGAAUCAAAAUUAUACACAAAUUUACUUAAAUUGUAUUUUACAGUAAGUUAACUGUGUGGCGUCCAACUGCAACAGUACGCAAGAGAGUGCCUGUGCAAUUUAUAAACAGUAUGUCUGAACUGAAAUUAGUGAAAAAUAAAGAAAUUA